AUGGCUCCAUACACUUCUAAUCAAACAGUUGUUGACAAGGUUCUGCCAGAAAUGCUGCAUUUAAUAGAUGCACAUUGGUACCAGUUCCCGCCUAUGGAUCCUCUAUGGUAUAGCUUAUUGGGCUGCACUAUUGCAGUUUUGUGUUUAAUUUCCGUUACGGGGAAUGCAAUGGUUAUUUAUAUCUUUACUACUACAAAGCACCUGAAGACUCCCUCAAAUUUACUUGUGGUAAACUUAGCUGUUUCAGACUUUCUGAUGAUGGCCUGUAUGGCUCCACCUCUAAUGAUAAAUUCCUAUAAUCAAACAUGGGUCUUCGGUCCCUUGUUUUGUGCAAUUUAUGCUUGCGGUGGUUCAUUGUAUGGAACUGUUUCAAUCUGGACAAUGACUGCAAUCGCUUUCGAUCGGUACAAUGUAAUCGUCAAAGGUAUUGCUGCUAAACCUAUGACUGUCAAUGGUGCUUUAUUACGUAUUCUUGCAGUCUGGCUUUCGUCCCUUGCAUGGACUGUGGCACCUAUUCUUGGAUGGAACAGGUAUGUUCCGGAAGGCAACAUGACUGCAUGCGGGACCGAUUACCUUAGCAAGGAUUUGUUAAGCCGAAGUUACAUUGUCGCUUACGCGAUUUUCUGUUACUUUUUACCCCUGGCUCUUAUCAUCUACUCCUACUACUUCAUUAUUCAAGCUGUAGCUGCACAUGAAAGAGCCAUGAGGGAGCAGGCAAAGAAAAUGAAUGUGGCAUCUCUAAGGUCAUCUGACGCAGCGAAUACCAGUACAGAAUGCAAAUUGGCUAAAGUUGCUUUGAUGACCAUUUCAUUGUGGUUUAUGGCGUGGACUCCAUACUUGGUAAUCAAUUUUGCGGGAAUAUUCGAAACCGCUCCCAUAAGCCCACUAGGAACCAUUUGGGGCUCUGUUUUCGCCAAAGCCAACGCGGUUUAUAAUCCAAUAGUAUAUGGCAUUAGUCACCCCAAGUACAGAGCAGCAUUGUAUCAAAGAUUCCCUGCGUUAGCUUGCCGGCCUUCGCCUGAAGAAAACGGUUCCGUAGCUUCUGCUAACACUGCAGUUUGCGAAGAGAAACCUGCAGCGUGA